GGACGGACUGAUUAUGGGACGAAACGUCUAGAAGCCCAAACCUUGAGCCAACCCGGCGUUUAGUUAACGUGACUCACCUGCCAGAGGCCCAACGACUUUAUUUUUUCAGAGACUGAAUACAUACAUAAUUGUGCAGUAGAAAAACGAACACGGCUACGUGCAUUGUACAUCAAAGCGUCCAGAUAUGGCGACAGAGCGGUAUGACAUCGUCGUUUUUGGAGCCAGUGGCUUCACGGGACAGUUUGUUGUGGAGGAAAUGGCAAAGGUGGCUUCUGGCCAGGGUCUGACAUGGGCGGUGUCGGGGCGGUCAAUGGAGAAGAUACAACAGGUCCUCAACAAAGCCUCCAAAAGAACAGGUAAUGAGUUGGAAUCCAUCCCUAUCAUUAUAGCAGACACAUCAAAUGACGAGUCUCUUCUUCAGAUGGCAAAGCAGGCCAGACUGGUGUUGAAUUGUGUGGGCCCUUAUCGUUUCUAUGGCGAACAAGUGGUGAAAGCCUGUGUUGAGGGAGGAGCACAUCACUUAGACAUCAGCGGUGAACCAACAUACAUUGAGAAAAUGCAGCUGAAGUACAACGGAGAAGCACAGAAGAGCGGGGUGUAUGUCAUCAGCGCCUGCGGGUAUGAUAGCAUUCCAGCAGAAGCAGGCAUCCUGUUUGCAAAGAACAAAUUCGGAGGUCAGAUCAACACCAUGGAGAGUUACCUGGAACUGCACUCUGGCCCGCACGGAAUGGCAGUGAACAAUGGGACUCUGGAGUCAGCUAUUUACGGAUUUCUGCAUGAAGGAGAACUAAAGUCUGUCAGGAAGUCCUUGUUCCCGGAACCACUGCCGCCCGCAAAGUACAAACUCCCAAAGAGGGGAAUGUUUUUCAAAAAUGACAUCAACACCAAAUGGAGUGCUCCAUUUCUUGGAAGUGACAAGUCGGUCGUCUACAGAUCACAGCGUUUUAACGCCAGUGAAAGGAAGGAGAAAGCAAUUCAGUACCAGCCCUACAUUUGCUAUGACGGCCUGCUGACUGUAUUUGGGUUGGUUUGGUUUGGUCUACUCUUUGCCGUCAUGAGCAAAUUCAGCUUUACAAGGAAACUGUUUCUUCGGUACUCUUCAUUUUUCACCUUUGGAUUAUUCAAACCUAAUGGACCUUCCUUGAAACAGAUUGAGACAUGUUCUUUCUCCAUGACGUUCGUUUCGAAGGGCUGGAAAACAAAGUCUGAUGAAGACCAGCAGUCCCCUCCCGACACAGUCAAAAUUACCAAGAUAACGGGACCAGAGGCUGGCUACGUAACUACGCCCAUCUGUAUGGUCCAGGCCGCCAUUGUUGUUUUGAAGGAAACAGAUAAACUUCCAGGAAAUUGUAUGAUGAGCAGGAGGUGUAAGAUCUACCCGCUGCCCUGGCUGGAGGUUCAGUUCUACCGCGGGGUACACGUCAGUGUUGUGGUGUAUGUUACGUGGCUGGUCUGCUCGGCCUCUAGAGAGUUUGACGGAGCACUGAACAUUUACGCCUUCGAGCCUGGAUGGUCAUGGAUUGGAGCUGACAAGGAUGUGUCGAAUUACGAGUGGCAUUACUUCUACAACUGGUUCUGGGUUAUCCUGCCGUUUUAUGUCGGCCAUGUAGCAUUAUCAAAAAUCAUUGAAUGGAAUUUCAUAGAGGUUAGAAGAUGGGUGGAUCUAGCGUAUUCGUGUGGUGUUCUCCUGUAUCUGAUGGGUUGGAGGAUCAUUCUCUUGUUUCUGUGCCACUGCUUCUUCAUGUUUAUCAUCUCCUUCACCCAGUCUUUAAUCAUAGUCUGGGUUACCUCCCUUGGCCUCCUCAUGACCCUAAACAUAGACUACACAUACUCCCUCAUGCGUCACUGGUGCUGUGAGGAUCACGACGGGAAGUUCUACCUGAUGGUAUACACCUUGGCCUUGACCCAUCUCCGCUACACCAGCUUCUGCCUAGAAAAGUGUUUCCAUGGCAACAAAGAGUAUGAUGAACCCAGUAAAAGUCUUGAUGAAUCCAGUAAAAGUCAAGGUCAAUUAAUUCCUGGCAACAGUGGCCAUACAGAGGACCCGAGGGGACCCAGAGUGUGCGGAAAGGGAUUUAUAGAUUUGAUGUUUUAUGUUUUUUACCUGCCUCUAUUUUUCACGGGACCACUUUUGACUUUUAAUUUAUUCCAAAAACAAAUGAACAACUCAUACAAGUCACAUUCGAAAGCCCUGCCAUCUUUGUUUGUGAAUAUGGCCCGGGUCGUUUUCUGGGGAGUUGUAAAUGAGUGCCUGUUGCACUUCCUGUAUUUUAAUGCCAUUCAACAGAAUAAUGCAUUAAUGAACCGUCUGGAUCUGUGGACUUUGGCCGGUAUCGGAUACUGGAACGGUCAGUUCUUCAUGAAUAAGUACACAGUAUUGUAUGGAGUCCCGUCCAGCGUCGCACGCCUGGAAAGUUUAGAUCCUCCCAAGGGACCUCGAUGUGUGGCCUACAUUUACACCUACUCAGAAAUGUGGAAGUACUUUGACCGUGGAAUGUACAGUUUUAUUAAAAGAUACAUCUUUUUCCCGCUGGGUGGAUCUCAGAGGGGCGUGUUACAUCAGACUACUGCCUCUUUUGCCUGUUUUGUCUUUGUUUACCUUUGGCAUGGAUCCGAGUACUACGUUUUUCUGUGGACACUGUUUAAUUUUGUGGGUGUGGUCCUUGAGCAAAUAUUUCAGGUGAUUCUGGAAAUCCCCGCUGUAUAUAAUGUUCAGAGAAGAUACUUAUCCAAGGAGUGGAUCCGACGUAUGCAUGCUUUCCUCAGUGUUCCAUUGUUCUUGAUGUCUGCCAUCACUGCUUUCUGUUUCUUUGGUGGGAGUUCGGUGGGGUUUAUAUUCUACAGCAGAUACAUUUCUUCAGGGAAUGCCCAGACAUUAGCGACUGUAUAUGCAAUCUUGUAUUGCUGUGUUCAGUCAAGCAUGGAAAUUAAGUGCACCUCAAAAAACAAAGACACAACAAAAGAGAAUUGAUGAGGUAGUUUGGAAUUACCUAUACCUCUACUUCCGUAUGGAGCUCAGAACACAAACAUGACAAGGAGCGCCCGUAUUCACACUGAUUUUCCCGUUAAUGUGCAAUAUUUUCUUAGCCACCAUGAAAAAAUUCAUAGGAUGGCGGGCGAUGAUAGCAUUGUUGGUGAGAGAAAUAUUGACUUUCCUCUCUUUGGAAUGCUUGAUUACGAUAUUUAACAAUAGCUGUCUUCAUUAAUGGAAGCUAAUUAUUGGACACAGAGACAGAAGUCUAUACCAGGCCCAUUUAAAUGAAUGAGCGUCACCUUGUUAUGGCGAUAGUUUUGUCACCACUUUAACGUACAGAAUGAUGAAGUUCUGACACUUCACUUUUGUCACCACUUUAACGUACAGAAUGAUGAAGUUCUGACACUUCACUUUUGUCACCACUUUAACGUACAGAAUGAUGAAGUUCUGACACUUCACUUUUGUCACCACUUUAUCGUACAGAAUGAUGAAGUUCUGACACUUCACUUUUGUCACCACUUUAACGUACAGAAUGAUGAAGUUCUGACACUUCACUUUUGUCACCACUUUAACGUACAGAAUGAUGAAGUUCUGACACUUCACUUUUGUCACCACUUUAACGUACAGAAUGAUGAAGUUCUGACACUUCACUUUUGUCACCACUUUAUCGUACAGAAUGAUGAAGUUCUGACACUUCACUUUUGUCACCACUUUAUCGUACAGAAUGAUGAAGUUCUGACACUUCACUUUUGUCACCACUUUAACGUACAGAAUGAUGAAGUUCUGACACUUCACUUUUGUCACCACUUUAUCGUACAGAAUGAUGAAGUUCUGACACUUCACUUUUGUCACCACUUUAUCGUACAGAAUGAUGAAGUUCUGACACUUCACUUUUGUCACCUGGCUUGGAAAAGUAGAAAUAUGUCAAAAAUAGAUUUUGUUUUUCAUUGUUUUAAAAAAUGUUGAAUUUAUUUUUGUCUUGACAAGUGAUUACUUUCGUGUCUUCUUACUGAAGGAAUCUUUUUCUUCUCUAUCAGUCUUCUCAAUCAACCUGUCAUUAGGACGAAUGUGGUCUGUUGUGUUUCAUACCAAUGCCCUUGGAUUACGGACUACUCCUUUUACCUGAUCAAAGUAUAGGGCUCACGGCGGGUGUGACAGGUCAACAGGAGAUGUUUACUCCUCCUAAGCACCUGACCCUAAGUCUAGUGUCUCCGGGAGUCCGUUGUUUGUCCCACUUUUAAAUUUUGUACUCUUUAUAGAGAUUGACCACUGUUAGUUACAUGUAUCUUCCAUUUUUUCAUCCAUGAUUAACUUGUAUUUCAAUACAAUAUUGUUCAGUGUUACAGACAUGCACCCACUGGUUGAAAGAAAAAAGAGCAGAUAACGAAAACGGUUGUACGCUUCUUGGAUCAGACCAAUAUCGUCAUUAAAAACAAACUCUGUCACAUGUA